AUGACAUACCAUAAAAAGAAUAUUACUCAGUGCUUGGGAAAAAAACCAGUUGAAGGAAAAGAUAAAAGACAUUUCGUUUCACAAAUUUGCUAUAUAAUGGCUGACUUCGAUGUGUUUGGUACCCGUAAUUUUAAUGUCAAUCAAAUGAAUCAAGAAAUUAACAAGGGAAUAGCACCGAAAACAAUCGACCGCGUCGAUCAAGCUCAUCAAAGUCGGCCAGGUGACAGCUCUGCACAUGUUCAUUUUGAGGGUGGUAAGCACGCACUAAGAGAUGAUGGAACAUGGAAGCAUGGAGGAAGAAAACUGUCCAGAGCGGAGAAAGAGUGGCUUCAAAAGUGGAAUUGGUCAUUACCAAAUGAUCAGUAG